GCCGUUAAACUCGAAGAAGGAUGGCCAAGAAGACAAUGACGUAGCAUCCUCGAAAUUCCGGCUUCGGAGGAUCCUUCCUUGACUUUGAGAAACACCAGAGCCUGUCUAUGGAGAGCCUGUUCACUCCCUAUCUCACUCCCUAUUAAGCCCCAUUGUACCAACCCGGAAUUUUCCCGAGAGUGGAAGUUCUCCCCUUAUUAGACAUUCUCUGAAAACACCCAGAAGAACAACAACAGCGUUCUUCCUGAGGCCUGUACUACGAAGCAAGAUUUGGCGUUAACGAGUGCAACCUUGUGAAAGAAAAGAACAGUAGUUUCAGAAGAGAUGUCCUCCCAAGUCCGACUGAGGCUGCUGCCGAGAGCCAGAUGCAUGUUUGAUGAGCCGGUUCAGGUAAAGGUGGCCGGGCUGAGGGCGAGACAGGUGGUCACCAUGAGAGCCAGAUGCACUGACGACAAGGGACUGGUGUUCAGCUCCUCAGCCACCUACAAGGCUGAUGGGAGCGGGGAGAUCGACCUGGAGAGAGACCCCUCUCUCAGCGGGAGCUACGUCGGGGUGGAACCCAUGGGUCUGCUGUGGUCCAUGAGAGCAGACUCCUUGCACAAAAGGUUUCAGAUAAAAAAUUCACUAAACCCUCAUGUGGUGAAGUUAUCUGUGCACAGGGAAGAGGAGGAGGAAGAGGAGGGGGAGGGCAGGAUGCUGGCAGAGGCGACCAAUGAGAGGCUUCUGAUUGGAGACGGAGUUAGCCGGCUCCCCAUCAAAGAGGGGAAUAUCCGUGGAGUCCUGUUCACUCCCACAGGAAGAGGUCCAUUCCCUGCCGUGUUGGAUUUGUACAUUUUAGGAGGAGGUUUGUCAGAGAAAAGGGCUUCUCUGCUUGCCAGUAGAGGAUUUGUGGUCCUGACUGUAGUGGCAUAUGGUUAUGAUGACAUGCCCAAGAAGAUUAAAGGGGUCCAUCUGGAUUAUUUUGAGGAAGCAAUACAGCUUUUAAAAAAACAAGAUAAGGUGGGCAGUAAAGGAGUUGGUGUAUUAUCAUUUUCCAAAACUGGAGAUGUUGCACUAUCAAUAGCCUCUUACCUGCCAGGUGUUGAGGCCACAGUGUGCAUCAACGGCUGCUGUUCCAAUACAGUUUUACCCCUCUACCAUAAGAAGAGCCAAAUCCUCCCUCCGUUAAUGUUGGACAUCAGUAAGAUGGUUCCCACUGAGUCAGGGGCCUUUAUGGGCAAGAAUGUUAUGCAUAAUUCGCUGGCAGAGGAGAACAAGGCCACCCUGGUCCCCAUUGAACAAGCCAAGGGACGUUUCCUCUUUGUGGCUUCAGAGGACGACCUCAACUGGGACAGCAAGGCUUACAUGGACCGGAUGGUGGAGAGACUACAGCAUCAUGGGAAGGACAACUUUGAGAGUGUGUCUUACCCUGGAGCAGGACAUUACCUAGAGCCGCCAUACGGACCCUACUGCCCCUCCAGUUUUCAUGCGUUUGGUGGCACGACAGUCCUGUGGGGGGGUGAGCCCAGGUCCCAUGCAGCAGCUGAAGUCCACCUGUGGAGGAAGAUCCAGGAGUUCUUCAGAACUCAUCUCAGCUGUGAUGCUACACAAACUAAAGCCAGAUUAUAGAUACAAAUACAGUUGAAGUUAAUUUAAUGUUUUACAAUUAAGAAUCUCUUUGUAACAUUAUAUCUAGGAGGAUGUAAAAGUGUAUUUUUGUCUUCAUUUUUGUAUGGAUAAGGAUUAUAAAAAUGUAAGUGCACUAAAGGCAGACUGCAGCGUAUCAGCCGCUCUGCUGAGUAGGUGAUUGGCUGCAAUCUGCCGUCCUUCCAGGACCUGUGUGUGUCCAGGACCCUGAGGCGGUCAGGAAAGGUUGUUGACGAUCCCUCUCACCUCAGACACAAACUGUUUGAACCCCUCCCCUCUGGCAGAAGGCUGCGGUCCAUCAGGACCAAAACCUCACACCAGUUUCAGUACCCCACCCUAGACACUACACGUUACAUUAACGCACAUCCUGGACUAAAACCUGUCCAUUGCACACUAUA